GAGAGAGGUUCCAGGAUGACAUCUGUGUGCCAGAUGCGCCGAGGAAGUGAAGAGCCCUGGGGAAGAGGCCGGCAAAGCCAGAUCCACUACAAUGUUGAAUUCACCUUUGACACGGAUGCUCGGGUAGCCAUCACCCUCUAUUAUCAGGCCACCGAAGAGUUCCAGAAUGGUAUUGCCAGCUACAUUCCAAAAGACAACAGCCUUCAGUCGGAGACUGUGCACUACAAGCGAGGGGUGUGUCAGCAGUUCUGCCUGCCCUCCCAUACCGUGGACCCCUCGGAAUGGGCAGAGGAGGAGCUUGGCUUUGAUCUGGACCGAGAGGUUUACCCUCUAGUGGUGCACGCCGUGGUGGAUGAAGGAGAUGAAUAUUUUGGCCAUUGCCAUGUGCUGCUGGGUACUUUUGAAAAGCACACAGACGGAACUUUCUGUGUCAAGCCCCUCAAACAGAAACAAGUAGUAGAUGGGGUCAGCUACCUCCUUCAGGAGAUCUACGGAAUUGAAAACAAGUACAACACACAAGAUUCUAAGGUGGCUGAGGACGAAGUGAGCGACAACAGUGCCGAGUGUGUGGUGUGUCUCUCGGACGUCCGGGACACCUUGAUUCUGCCCUGUCGCCACCUCUGCCUCUGUAACACCUGCGCAGACACCCUGCGCUACCAGGCCAACAACUGCCCCAUCUGCCGACUGCCCUUCCGAGCACUGCUGCAGAUCCGAGCCAUGAGGAAAAAAUUGGGCCCCUUAUCCCCAACCAGCUUUAACCCUAUCAUCUCAUCCCAGACAUCUGACUCUGAGGAGCAUUCAUCCUCAGAGAAUAUCCCACCAGGAUAUGAAGUGGUGUCUCUUCUGGAGGCCCUCAAUGGGCCCCUCACCCCGUCCCCAGCAGUUCCUCCACUUCAUGUGCUUGGAGAUGGCCACCUCUCAGGAAUGCUGCCAUCGUAUGGCAGCGAUGGCCACCUGCCCCCUGCCAGGGCGCUCUCCCCACUUGACCGCCUGUCUGACUGCAGCAGCCAAGGACUCAAGCUCAAAAAGAGUCUCUCCAAAUCCGUUUCCCAAAAUUCUUCUGUGUUACAUGAAGAGGAGGACGAGCGUUCCUGCAGUGAGUCAGAAACACAGCUUUCUCAGAGACCGUCAGCCCAGCAUCUCGGAGAGGAAUGUGGUGUGACUCCAGAAAGUGAGAAUCUCACCUUGUCGUCAUCGGGAGCUAUUGACCAGUCAUCUUGCACGGGGACGCCCCUCUCAUCCACAAUCUCCUCCCCAGAAGGCCCUGCCAGCAGCAGUCUGGCCCAGUCUGUCAUGUCCAUGGCGUCCUCCCAGAUCAGCACCGACACCGUCUCCUCCAUGUCCGGCUCCUACAUUGCCCCCGGCACUGAAGAGGAGGGAGACGCUCUCCCUUCCCCCCCAGCUGCCAGCCGGGCCCCCUCAGAAGAAGGAGAGGGGCUGCCAGCAGAGUCUCCAGAUAGCAACUUUGCUGGCCUGCCAGCCGGAGAGCAGGACGCAGAGGGAAAUGAUGUUAUAGAGGAAGAGGAUGGAUCGCCCACACAAGAAGAUGGCCAAAGGACAUGCGCAUUUCUAGGUAUGGAGUGUGACAAUAACAAUGACUUUGACAUCGCAAGCGUGAAAGCACUGGACAAUAAGCUGUGCUCUGAGGUCUGCUUACCCGGUACCUGGCAGGCUGAUGACAACGUUGUCACUCGUCGGAACACCCAGCACCGGCGCCUGUCAUCCAGCAGCCUGGAGGACCCCGAGAAUAGGCCCUGUGUGUGGGGUCCUUUGGCUGUCUGAGAGCCCCAGCCGCUGUACCGGGCUCCCGUCUUGCCCUCACGUUCCCUCCAUCCUCACGGGGCUGCAGGCCUCCUGGGCAUCCUCACCGAGACACGUGUAGACUGUUUAUACUCAUGCGAAAGCUGGACGUUGAGUUCUGCCCACUCCUCCCAACCUCGCCUCCUGUAACCAUGGUCCUUCCCCUCUCAGAGGGACUGGAAGCCCUCCUUUCCUUUCUCCUUGUGGGCUGAAGCCACUCAAUGAACUGCAGCUCAUGAGACCCUUUGCAGAGACUCUCUGGAAUGUUCCCGCUGUAUGUUAACGUUCAGGUGGAGCUGAGGUCCACAGGCUAGUUGUUUCUUACACAUCUUUUUUCUCUUUAAGGGGUAAACUAAGAAGACUUGGAGUUUUGGCAGCUGUCUUACAAACAUCCAUCUGGCAUUUUCUGGUCUCUGGCACAUCAUAACCAACUUGAAACCCCACUUGGGCUGGGGUCGGGGGUGGUUCCUGGGACAAGGGAGAGCCAUACUGCACUAUACAUGGAGUUUCCCUCCGUAAGCGCUAGGAGCUCCUUUCUCAAGGAAAAGAGAAAUGGUAGCAACCAAAAGUUGGUUAAAAAAAUUCUUCCUUCUAAUAGCAGAGCUCAUCUCCUGUGCCUCUUGUGCCUGUCUGUUUGGGGAGGAGCCCUUGAACCUGAGAAUCCUGUUAAGACGAUUACCCUUAAGGAGCAUUUCCCUGGUCAGGUACGUUCAGGAAGGCCUGGAACACCAUCCUAAGGUGACACCUCAAGAAACACGUUUGUUGACCACCUCCAUGUGCCAGGCACUGUGUGAGGAGCUGUCGUGUAUUGCUGUAUUUCAUCCUCACCUAGCCCUGGAAGGUGGGAUUCUUACUGCUAUUUCCCCCAACUCUGCCCCUUUAUUAAUGGUCGAAGAAACAGACUAAGAGAGGUAUGGACCAGUGAUUCUCAAGUUGGUGCCCGGGACCCCCAAAGGCAGUGGUGGAGAGCACUGGACUCAGUCCAGGCUGCAGCCUGGGGCCAGCAGCCAUGGUCUGGAGGCUGGAGCCUGGGCCUUUGCCUCCAGGACCCUCCCCGCCCUUCAUGUGUUACUCCCGUCUUCCAGAUCUGCUGAGCCUAACCAGUGAAGGGGGAGAUAGAGCCCUCCACAUGCUCAUUAGCAAUUAAGAGAUAUCGUUCCAUUCAUGUCCCAGCCUCCACCCCGUGUAAGGCACAUAAACAGAACCCUGAAACAGCAUGGCUAGCCUCUAAGUUGGUGGCUGUUAAACUCCUUUCUCAACACUGGUGUUAUCAAUGGAUCCCACACGGCUCUUGGAAGGUUGUGCUGUCUACUUGCUUUUGGAAAAGGUGGUUGUUUAGUGAGACAUGAGAUUAUUCUGGAAGCAAAGUUAGAAACAACAAUGAUUUGUAAGGUUGAGAUAUGGGAGAGCAUUACAGGCUAUGCCCAUUGUGGUAAGCUGUUUUAGGAUUUGGGAUUGUUACCCUGGAAAAGCUUUUCAAGACCAUUUCCAAGGCCGAUAGCCUCAAAAAGAGCCCAAAGGGUCGUUUACACCUUCUGUGUAGCUGCAGAGGCCAGGAGUGAGAUGAAUGAUGGCUGUUGCUGCCUAGCGGUUGUGGCUCACGGCCUGCCCUGGUGGAGGGGAGCCUGUCAUCUACCUAGUCUGAAACACCACAGUGGACCCUACAGGUUCAGGCCUCACCUAAUGUCCUUUCCUUCCCCCAACAUUCUUACAGCCCCUUUCAUAGUUAAGAUUUAAGCCAGUAUAAAUUGAGCAAUAACCCCACUUCCUGAUUUCCUUAGAUUAUGAGCCCCAGAAGCACAAGGCAACAGGGAACUUCCCUUACUCUGGGGUGGUAGCACACAGAGCCACCUCCUGUCCCCAGCAGGUAGUAUUCGCAGUGUGGUGUUACCUGGGAGGAUGGAGGAAGGAGCCUAGAUGAAGGAAAUUCAGGUAAACAGUAGCCACAGUGGCCAGGGCCCCUAAGAGGAAGCUGUUAUCUUCACCCCUUCUUGGAGGGUGUGUCCUCCCUCCCAGUAAGGGCUCAGCCUCUCCUACCAAGAGGCUCAGAAGGAUUCCUCAAGGCCUCAGUUCCAUAUCCAAGACAUACCUAGGUUAGAAAUGCCCUUUGAUCCUGGUUUCUCGGUUCCUAGGUUCCUAUUUCCUCUCUCUUUCUCUCUCCCUCUCUCUCCCCCCUCCUCUUCUCUUUCUCUGUCCUCUUUGUUCUGAUUUAGCUCUUUGACAAGCAGAAAUAUCCCAUCCCAGGGGGUUGGUGCUCAGUCAGCCUGAUGAGGGCAGGUCAGCUGCCAACUCUUCCGCCCUAGUCUGUCUAGAGACAUCGUCACAUGGUCGGUUCACCCAGAGAGAGGGUGGGGCCUGACUCCUCCCGUGAGGGCUCAGACUACCUGUGAAGGCCUGGGGCUGCUUCGUGCCACACUAGGUCUAUGCUCCCCCAUAGCCUUUGGGUGAUGUGAUCCUGGCCUCCUCACAGUCUUUCUUCCUCCUGCUCAGUUCUCUCCCACCAGAGUUUAUACCCGCUCUGGGGCAUUUCCUGGGCACAGCCCCACAUGCUUUAAGCCUUCUCACCCUGGGGAGUUAGGAUCCUGCCCACCUGGUGUUGGCAUUCUGGUUGCUCACUUUGCUUUAGGGUCUGCACACCUGGUGUGUGCAUGUGUAUAGUGUUUAUGCCAUCUGUGUACCCCUUGCUCCCUGGAGUACACUCGUGCGCACACUAUAGUGGGGACAUCAAGGAUGCAAUAUUUAUGGAUUGCUGCAUGAUUCUUAAAAAUGAAUAAAACUGUUUACAAGGGAAGGAGAACUAUUAACUGCAAA